AUGGAAAAGGGGGAGGAUAAAAGGAACACACUGGGAGAUGUCUUCUCCCCAGCAGAGGAAAGCCAACCGGGAAAAAUAUGGAUAAAAGGGAAGGGGCAAACAGCGGGUGGGGAGAAGUCCCCCCUCCGUAAGCUCCCCUACCUUCUAAUACCCCUCUCGGUGAGGUACCCCCUGUUGGCAAAACUACUCCUGAUCUUUCUUUUGUCCAAGUGGUUAAAACACGCAGUAGGAAAUGUGUUGUUGAGUUUCCUUUAUAAAAAAAACGAAAAAGUAUUUCAGCAAUUCAUCCAAGUGCUUCUCCUACAAAUGCGCCAAAAGGGAGGAACAAAGGGAAGCAACAAAUUCAAUUUCAAAGCAGUGCGUCCGAUGGUUGAUUCUGUGUACAGUCACAUACAAGGAAUGAUGAAAUGCCUCACCCGUGUGUACUUCUUCCCUCAUGGGACCCCAUGCAAUGGGCUGUUUUUUUCUAAUUUUAUAAGUGAAGAGGCUGAACUUGUGUCGACUCCCAGGAGGGUGAGUAAUCUGUGGGUCUUGCGAAGGGCUUACCUCAAUUUGUUCGUGGCGCUGCUGGGUCACCCAGGGGAGAACGACAAAGGGGAAUUGCUUCUUGGCCACACGGAGCGCAUGCAUAACCAACCGGAGCGGCAGCUUCCCUACCCAGACGAACAGACCCUCUACAAAAACAUACGCGACCUGUACAAAGUGAAAUAUGAAAAUGAGUAUCAGAUAAUGAUGAGCAAUGAUUGCUUCUCCCUUCUUCAUCGUUUUUUUGAAUUUGCCCAACACACAGGAAAGAAAGUUUGCUCCUGUCUCCACCUCGUUCUCUUCACCACCAUUUCCAUUUAUUGCUUGUGCAGAAGCCUCUUUACUUUGACACAUCACAUACGUGCCCUGGAAAAGAAGAAGCUGUACGAGCGAUGUUGUGAAGGGGGGGCUGCAUCAGACGAGCUGUUUCGUCUGCUCAUCGAAUCGGUAGAACACAUGAGUCAGGACUUGGCAAGGGAAGACGCGCCCCUCUGUGCAGAGCGCGACCACCACCCCGAUGAAGAUAACGAUGAAGAUAACGAUGAUGGUGACGUGCCUGAUGAACAGCUCCACAUCUACGACGAGCUGCAAACCAAACUGCGCCUCUGCCUGAGCAUAAUUAAUCGAAUCAAAGGUAAGCGCUCCAGGGAUGCCUCUAAAAUGGUGGUGAAGCAGAAGCCAAAGCAGACGCACGAAAUACCUAACCAGCCAGAACCUGUACCUACGUAUGAACCACCCAGAGAGAGGGAAAUGUACGAAACGGAACCGUCGCGCUUCAACAUCGAGGGAGAAACUUCAAAUGGUGAUCCUACCUCUCAAAGGAAGGAACAAGACAGAGAUGGGGGCUUGACUUAUGCCGUUUAUUUGUAUGAAAGUAGAACCGAUGAGGAGCCAACGCAAGGGAAGACUACCAACUUUGAAGACACUUCGGCGGAGUACUCCUCCAAAGAAAGGCAACCCCAGAGGACGCAAAAAGAGGAAAAUUGCACAGAGGGUAAUAAAUAUAUUAAUGGACCAAUGGAGAGUCACAAUGCAUCAUGCGGGAGCGCUAACGACACGCACAAGAGACACAUCGAGGGUGAAUCUUGUCCACACCACAGUGCCGACCCGCAUGGAAGCAAGCCUCCCCCAAAUGUGAGCUGCGAAAUUUUAAUUAACGAACUGAAAGGGGCGUUUAAAAAGAAAAAGCAAUAUGUGUAUUUGAGUAAGAAGCUCUGCUUUGAUCAAUCGGUUGGGGACUUUGUCAUGAGGGACGUCUUCCCGUCGGACGCAGAGGGGGAGAGCGACCAGGGGGGCGAUCAUAGCGGUAGCGAUAAGACACGCACGGAGCGACGCGACGAAAACAUGCGAGAAGAGGACUACCUGAGGCCAAUGGCCGACGUGCCCUCCUUCCGACAGAACAUCGCAGCCGCCAUCUCGCGCCAGAGGAUUAUCUAG